AAUUUUCUAACCAAUGGAUCUGCUUUCACCUCUUCUAUUCACACUGCUGUUGCUUUCAUCAGGGAUACAACUCUAUGAAUGUGCAAGAACCUUCAACAUAAUAAACAACUGCAAGGAAACUAUCUGGCCUGGGAUUAUCCCCGGUGAAAGCUUUAAUGGUGGAGGUAUUGAAUUGAAACCACACCAAUCUGUUGUCUUCAACGCCCCGGCUGGCUGGAGUUUACGCUCCAGCAUAUGGGAUCGAAGCAGUUGCAAGUUCGACAGCAAUGGAAAUGGUCCAUGCCAGACAAGGGACUGUGGCGAAACGCUUAAGUGCGGAGCUGCCGGUAAAACCCCGGCAUCACUCGCUGAGUUUACGCUCGCUACUCUUGAUUUUUACGAUGUCAGUCUCGUCGAUGGAUUUAAUGUGCCCGUAUCUGUCACACCGUUAAACGGUAAGGGAAAUUGCUCCACUGUUGAAUGCAACUCCGACCUGAGGCGAAAUUGCCCUUCUGAGCUCGCUGUCAAGGCCAACGGGAAGGUUAUCGCUUGCCGAAGCGCAUGCGAUGUCUUCAACACAGAUGAAUAUUGUUGCAGAGGAACCCAUGGAAACCCUUCCACUUGUCAACCUAUGUAUUAUUCCAAGACGUUCAAGUCUGCAUGCCCUACUUCUUAUAGUUAUGCAUAUGAUGAUCCCACCAGUAUUUUCACCUGUUCUGGAGCAGAUUAUGUCAUCACCUUCUGCUCAACUCGGAAUCAAGCAGUAUACAGUUACCAUGAUCACAAGCUGGUUUGCAAGAACAAAGCAAAUGGUUUAAACCCAUUGGUAGGAAGAUGGUGGGCAGCUUUACUUCUACUGCUCUUCAUCACUAAUCUCGGGAGCAUUCUAUAAGGGGAACGAAGAUCAAUCUAUGUUAUAGU